AUGGACCACGGAACGACAACGUGACGAAAACAAAAAUAAAUGCUAUCAACGUGGCAAAUGGAAAUGUAGUGUCAUUCGGGUCUGGAGUUCUUAAAUAAAGUGGAACCUGUAUUGCUUGAUGACUUGCAUACAAACCAAGUCUGUAAUAUUGCAGGAGUAACAUCACAAGCGCGAGUACCUCUCUUAUCAUACAAAAACGCAGUUUUUAUUUGUAACGAUCGCCCUCGCUACGCUGGUACGCGUACGCCCAACGUCGCUGCAAAAUCUUUGCCAUUCUAGGCUGCACACGAGAGCAAGAGCAGCGAGAUGCUCCAUCAUUAACUUUCAUCAGCAGCAGAAGAUCUGUUGUACAGGCCCAGACUUUUUUAUACAUUUGCAAGCCAUAAAAAUUGCACCGGCAGUACUACGCACAGGUACUACUACAAGGACGUCGUCGAGCACCAAAUCACGAGGCUGUAGUACAUCUGAGUCUAUAUAUGGAUAUGCUUUUUUUUUGUGCUCUAGCAAGAACAUCGUAGAUACUAUCGAACUGCGAAAAGCGAACCUACGUAUGAUAAAAAGAAAAAACGUUUACGUAAAAAGUAGGUGUAAUUGCAAGCACUUGAAGGGGCAGUAAUUUCGACCACGCUGUCUUGUUCUGGCGAUCAUGGCUUCAGGCGAAGAUAUUGAAGGAUUCGUAUAUAUGUCUUAAUUUUUUGAGUGCAUGACUUUUGUUGAAAAAUUCGGUGGGUCAACUAUUAUUGAUAGAAGUCGUUCUUGUUGCAGACUGU